GGAGAAGUGGCCUUUUCUUUCUCUUUCUUUCUUUUCUUUUCUCUUGUUUGCAGAGUUACUACAUACAUUCUUAUUGCAUUACCCCCGUUUUUUCCCAGAACAGAGGAGAAAGAAAUACAAUCAUGGACUUCAUCAAGAACCUCGCCGAGGAAGUCAUCGAGUCCAAGUUCGGAGGUGGUAGCAGCGGGGGUGGUGGUGCCUCCCAGAGCUACGAGAGUGAGAGUUACAGUCGUCAGGAAACCUAUGGUCGUCAGGAAGGAUAUGGUGGUGGUGGCUAUGGGGGCCAGCAGCAGUAUGGCUAUGAGUCUCGUCAGACGGAAUACUACAGCGAGCAGCAGCAGCAGGGCUCUAGCCACCGCGGUCGGAAUAUGGCUAUGGGUGUUGCGGGAGGUGUGCUGCUUGGUGGUGCCGCGGUUGUUGGGGACGACAAGUGGGAGGAAGACAAGGAGGAUAUCAAGGAGGAUGUGGAGGAUUUCCCCGAGGAUGCGGCCAGGUGGACUGGUGAGAAGGUCGGUGAAGUCGAGGCCAUCCCCGAUCGGAUCGAGCAGAAAUGGGACAACGCGGUCGACGAUGUUGAGGAAAUCCCCGAGGAUGUGGCCGGAUGGGCUGGCCGCAAGGUGGGCGAGGUCGAGCGGUUCGAUGAUAACAUGGAGAAUGCCUAUGACGAGGGCAAGUAUGAGGGUCGCGAUGACUGGUAGUUGGUGUGUUGUUACAAUGUUGGAUAAAAACUGGGGUCGUUAGCCCGGCUAUUAGUAUUGUUUGCUGAAUGGACAUAUUGCUUUCGAUUUCAAUCAUUCAAGUCAGGGUCUGCCUGUAGGAUUCGUGAGUGAUGAC